UCUCGUUCCUCAGCUUCCAAUUAAUUAGCUGCCAGCAGUUUGCAAAGCUAUCUGUUAUUGUGAUUGCCUGACCCUAAGGCUGCACCCUCGCGCCCUCUGCUCUGUUCAGCUUCUGAGCUUCUUGGCUGGGCAACAUGGGGACCGUGCUCUCCUUAUCCCCAGGCUCCAGGAAAGCCAGCCUGUAUGAUGAUGGGUCCGGUUCCCUUGCCCAUUACACCAGUGUUAGCAAGGGGAGUGGACAGAAGUCGGAUAAGACCCUAAAGAGACACUCUAUGUUCAUCCCUGCCCUUACAUGGAAAAGGCUGGUGGCUUCCACCAAAAAGAAGACCUCUCGAAAGAGCACGGCUAAUAACAACUACCAGAAGGACGUUGCCCACUUGAACCAUGAGAAUGUGAAGAAGUCUUUAUCUUGUGCCAAUCUCUCUAGCUAUGACAGCCAGCCUCUGGCACCACUCAGCUCCAAGCAGAUAUCCUCCAUCAAAAAUGUCUCCAACACCAGUGGUGGUGGCUCUCCAAAACGGGUCAUUGUCCAAGCUUCCACUAGUGAAUUGCUGAAAUGCCUUGGGGAGUUCCUAUGCAGGAGAUGCUACCGGCUGAAACAUUUGUCCCCCACUGACCCAAUUCUCUGGCUGCGUAGCGUUGACCGUUCCUUGCUCCUCCAGGGAUGGCAAGACCAGGCCUUUGUCACACCAGCCAAUGUGGUCUUUGUCUAUUUACUCUGCAGGGAUGUCAUUGACGGGGACUCUGUGGCCACCGAACAUGACUUGCAAGCCACCCUUCUAACCUGCCUCUACUUGUCCUACUCUUACAUGGGCAACGAGAUAUCCUACCCCCUCAAGCCCUUUCUGGUGGAAGCGGGCAAAGAUGCCUUCUGGGACAGAUGUCUUUGUAUCAUUGAUGCCAUGAGUUCCAAGAUGCUCAGAAUCAACGCCGACCCACACUACUUCACGCAGGUCUUCGCCGACCUCAAAAACGAAGGCAACCGAGAUGAGUUCUCCAGAGUCCUUGACCGGUGACUGUUCCCAGGGCAAGUAGGUUCAUAUCGAUAACAGCACUUGAAGGCCGGCUUGGCUACGCACAGGCCAACUUUGAUCCAGUACCAAAAAAAAAACAAAGGGACCACGUUUCAACCUUGAUGUGCAUUGUCCUCAUUGGGAAGUAUUUGG